AUGGCAUCAAAUCCUGAUACAGGAAUUCUCAGUCCGCAGGAAGCCAUUCAUGCAUCCACGCAAGCGACAUCUACGAUUGCGGCAUCCACGCAAGCGCCAUCCCCCGAGAUUCCCAUACUCCAGACUCAGUCCCAACCGCAACAGCCAUCGCCACCACUCCCAACGUCUCAACCACAAUCGGAGCAAGCGCAUCCCUUUGCAGAACCCGAGGUCCCCCCACCUCUGCCCCCUACUCCAAGAUCAGCUACUUUUGGGCGUGGUACACAAGGGGGCUCAUCACGCCGCCGCAGAAGAAGCCGCAGCAGGAACCGGGCUGGAACGGCGAGCAGCGCAAACAACCCCUACUUCCCAGGAGAUCAAGCCUCGACGCGGAAACUUCGCUAUAGUGCAGAUGAAUAUGAUGACGAGGGCCUACGAAACGAGCUGGGUCGUCACCCUGACAGUCGAUCAAUGCCCCGAGCACGCCCGCCUCGUGCAUAUCUCAACCACCCUGCCUAUGCAAACCUAGACUCGCCCGCUAAACCCUUCACCGAGGAUGCCAAAGGUCAUCGAGAAUUUGAGUAUGAUGUCGACCCCAAUACCCGGCACCAGUAUGACGAGGAUUACGCAUACGGCACUGGCGUUUCGCAUGGACCUGGAAUGGCAGGGCCUCAACCUUUUAUGCGAUUGGCCCCGACGUCCAACGCCAGCCACUAUGGCCCCGAUAGUCAGGCCCCCAAGAUCAACUGGAAAGAAUUGAGCCGCGAGGAGCGCACUGAGGUUCUGCGGCUACCGUGGACGCAGUGGAUGAACAGCAACGUCAAGAAUCACUUUGUUGCGAUGCUCGGAGAGCUAAUCGGGACAACUAUGUUCCUCUUCUUUGCAUUCGCGGGCGUCGAGGUUGCCAACAUUGGUCUGCCGUCAUCAGCACCCUUCAACUUGGCCAAGCAGCUGUACAUUGCGCUCAGUUUUGGCUUCUCACUCAUGGUCAACGUGUGGAUCUUCUUCCGCAUUAGUGGCGCCCAGUUCAACCCGGCUGUUACCCUGGCGCUCUGGAUGACCGGUGCCGUCGAUGCGGUCCGAGGUCUCUGCCUGGUUGUUGCGCAGCUCUGCGGCGGCAUGCUUGCUAGCCUUAUCGUGAGGUUCCUCUUCCCGCAAAAGUUCAGCGUGCGGACUAGCCUUGGGCAGAACACAUCGCUCGUUCAGGGGGUCUUUAUUGAGGCCAUGCUCACUUCGGAGCUUGUCUUCACCAUCCUGAUGCUGGCCAAGGAGAAGCACAAGGCCACAUAUAUGGCACCCGUCGGCAUUGGUUUGGCUCUCUGGAUCGAUCACAUGGUUGGUGUGCCGUUCACCGGGGCUGGGAUUAACCCCGCGCGCAGCUUUGGACCUUGUGUCGUUACCGCGACUUUUGAGCCCGAACAUUGGAUAUACUGGGUUGGACCGGGCAUUGGAGCCCUGAUCGCCGUGGCUUUCUACAAACUGAUCAAGGUUCUGGAGUACGAGAUGGCCAACCCUGGUGCCGAUGGAGAUGCGGACAAUGAUCCAACUCAGAAUCCGGCAAAGCGGGCAGAACUGGCAGCCGGAAGAAGGUUCGCGGGUGGCUUUGAUGCCAAGUAA